AUGCUCGUGCUCGAAGGGGCGGAGUUCGAAGAAGAAAACAACAACGAGGAUGUGCCGGAUCCUAUUGUAGGUGAAGGUGAAGAGAAAGAGGACCAAGAGCCGGUAGAACGCCCUCGGAAAACCUCUAAGUACAUGACUAAGUACGAGCGGGCCAGGAUUCUGGGCACGAGGGCUUUACAGAUUAGCAUGAAUGCGCCGGUGAUGGUGGAGUUGGAGGGUGAAACAGACCCAUUGGAGAUUGCAAUGAAGGAACUGCGAGAACGAAAAAUACCCUUCACCAUUCGUCGUUAUCUCCCUGAUGGAAGCUAUGAAGACUGGGGAGUGGAUGAAUUGAUCGUGGAGGACUCGUGGAAGAGGCAAGUUGGGGGUGACUGA